AUGUCUAGUGAAGAUAAUACAAAUACUGCCGACGUCAGAGAUGACAGGGUUGUGACUAACUCGCUUGGUAAGCCGCUUGGUGACCCAUUUGCCACCCAGCGGGUUGGGCAACACGGGCCGCUGUUGAUGCAGGACUACAACUUGGUUGAUUUGCUUGCCCACUUCAACAGAGAGCGGAUACCGGAGAGGAACCCUCAUGCGCACGGGUCAGGGGCGUUUGGGUACUUUGAGGUCACAGACGACAUCACGGACGUGUGCGGUUCUGCCAUGUUUUCCGAGAUAGGUAAGAAAACGAGGUGUUUGGUGCGUUUCUCGACUGUGGGAGGUGAGAAGGGGUCCGCUGACACUGUGCGUGAUCCCCGUGGGUUUUCCACUAAGUUUUACACUGAGGAGGGUAAUUUGGACUGGGUCUACAACAACACUCCAGUGUUCUUUAUCAGGGACCCUGCGAAGUUCCCUCACUUUAUCCACACGCAGAAGAGGAACCCGAAGACGAAUUUGAAGGAUGCGAACAUGUUCUGGGAUUUCUUGACUACGCCCGAGAACCAGGUUGCGAUCCAUCAGGUGAUGAUUUUGUUCUCGGACCGUGGUAUCCCAGCUUCUUACAGACACAUGAACGGUUACUCCGGACACACCUACAAGUGGUCUAACAAGAAGGGCGACUGGCGCUAUGUCCAGGUACACAUCAAGACCGACCAGGGAAUCAAGAAUCUAACGCAUGAAGAAGCUGGGAAGCUUGCCGGUGAGAACGCAGAUUUCUGCCAGGAAGACUUAGUAAACUCAAUUGAAAAGGGUGACUACCCUUCGUGGACUGUCUAUAUCCAGACCAUGACCGAGGAGGAAGCCAAGAAGUUGCCAUUCUCUGUGUUUGACUUGACCAAGGUAUGGCCUCAAAAGGACUUCCCAUUGCGCCGCGUCGGUAAGAUGGUCUUGAACGAGGUGCCAAAGAAUUUCUUUGCUCAAGUGGAACAGGCCGCAUUUGCUCCAAGUACCACUGUGCCUUAUCAGGAGCCUAGUGCCGAUCCUGUGUUACAGGCUCGUCUAUUUGCUUAUGCAGAUGCUCACCGUUACAGAAUUGGGCCUAACUACCACCAGGUCCCUGUAAACUGCCCAUACGCUUCCAAGUCUUUCCACCCAGCUAUCAGAGACGGUCCAAUGAACGUUGACGGUAAUUUGGGUAGCGAAUCCAACUACCUCAACACCUCAAACAGCUACAAGUUCGCAGCUGCUAACAUCCCCAUCCAGGAACACCAAGAGAAAUGGUCCGGCCCUGCUCUUCCAUUCCACUGGGCCACAUCUCCAGGCGAUAUCGAUUUUGUGCAAGCCAGAGACCUCUACACGAAAGUGCUUGCCCGUCAACCAGGCCAGCAGAAGAACCUCGCACACAAUGUUGCUGUCCAUGUUUCUAAUGCUUCUCCAGAUAUCCAGGAGCGCGUCUUUGCCAUGUUCCACCGUGUUGAUCCAGGUCUUGGUGACGCUAUUAAGACAGAGGCUCUUUCAUUGUCGAAGCCUGCUGGAACUAAAUUAUAG